UCGCUCCACUUUUUCUCUUUGCCUAACCUCCUUCCCAACUAAGCAAUCGCGAUUUCGGAGCACUUUCGCACUCGCUCUCUAUCUUUCCCCUUCUCCUACUACUUCGGCUGGUUUCAUUUGUGUCCCCAUUCUCUCCCUUCAUCCGACAAGGUCGCCGCUGCGGAGACUCCCGCGCUUGUCGUCGACACCAUGGAGGCCGAUUCCUGGAGCCGGUUGACCUCCGAUUCGAACCGCCGCCAACACACCUUUCAGUCUCUCGUCGAUGAGUGUCUUGGAUUCGACGAGUUCGAUGGAGCGUCGGAAGACGACGAUUCCCGGGCGGAGUUCGCUUGCCCGUUCUGUUCCGAGGAGUUCGACAUCAUCGGGUUGUGCUGCCACAUUGACGACGAGCAUCCUGACGAUUCUAAGGACGGGGUAUGUCCUGUCUGUGUAGCAAGGGUUGAGAUGGACAUGGUCGACCACAUAGCGAUGCAACAUGGAAGUUUCUUUAAGAUGCCAUGGAGGAGUAGAUUCCACAAAGAUUCCUCAGAUUUUCAGUCAAUACCUUCGUUGCUGAGAAAGGAUCUUUGUGAUAGCAAUCUGCAUGGUUUUCUGGGGGGUUCUACGUACACAGAUUCUCCUUCCGAUUCUGCACCUGAUCCAUUGCUGUUAUCGUUCAUUGUUAAUUAUCCCAUGGCUGACCCAUUGGAAGAUGUAAGGCUGGAACCGGUUGAGAAAACAAGUAUGGUUGACAAGAUAUCAGUUGAGAAGGUGGUUGAAAGCGUUGAGCCAUCUCUAUCACACAAAGAUCAGGGGAGAGCUCGGAGCAGUGAGUUUGUGCGAGAGCUUGUGCUGUCUACAAUAUUUGAGGGCUCCUCAUGAGGGAAGUUUCCAUCAUUCAUGGUGGCAUCAGCAGCCGCUGAUAGAAAACCCUGGACAUCUUUGGCCAGUUGCUGCAGCGUCGACGUCAGAUCCUAGUCUCUCUUGCUAUGAGAAGUCAUGUAUUGUGAGGGUUGUGCACCGUACCACUGUUGGCUCAUUGAGAAGCAUCAUUAUUUGUAACAUAGAAUCAUGCUGUAUGUACUAUCUUGAUUAGGUCCUCUACAUCAUCAUACUUGGGAGAGGAGAUUGUUGAGGCUUAUUCAAGCAUCUUCUGCUCUUGAAAUAAAAUAGUGGCUUGCUGUUCCA